ACGGCAUUUGGACAAGCCUCGCAGCUUGGAGCAGGUACGGGCUUUGGCCAGACAGCCUUUGGACAGCCAUCGCAGCUUGGAGCAGGCACGGGCUUUGGCCAGACAGCCUUUGGACAACCAUCGCAGAUUGGCGCAGGCGCGGGCUUUGGCCAGACAGCCUUUGGGCAGCCAUCACAGAUUGGUACAGGGCUUACCAAAGCGCAGCCCACGUCCUUUGCAACGCAGUCCAAUUUUGGAUCAUUUGCAAGUACUGGUACGAAUGCGUUCGCUGCUUUGGCCAGUACUAGCACCAAUGUCCUUGAUCAGCAGGCUAGCCAAGGCGGCGGAUUCGGUGAUGCUGGCAGCGGAGGCAGCGCCUUUGGCGCAGGAGGAGGCUUUGGUGGUGGUAAUGGUGGAGCGUCAGUCUUUGGAGCUGGCGGUGGGUUUGGUGACAACGACCAAAGCUCUGGAGGUUUUGGAGGGGCCAGUACCGGUUUUGGAGGAGCCAAUAAUACCUCGUCUGGAUUUGGAUCCUUCGGUGGUAGCAGUGCAGGAGGCUUCGGCUCUAGUAGCGGCGGCGGAUUUGGAAGUGGUCAGGGCGGCUUUGGUGCUGCUGUUGGCAGCGGUGGGUUUGGACAGCAGCCCCAAGGUCAAGCUGGGGGUGGCGGCUUCGGCGCCAAUACUUCUAAUGCCACUCCUAACAAGCCAUCCUUCAGUACAUUCCGUUGAAGACACUGCAAUGAUAGUAAUAACCCAACAAUAAAACAACCGUCAUUGAAC